GUUUGUUGGAGUAAAAACUAGCAGCAUGAAAGCAUUAAGUCUUUUGUCGGCCAUUAUACUGGUCGGCACCAGUACGUCCCUCGACUGGUGGGAGCAUGGAAAUUUCUACCAAGUUUAUCCACGUUCGUUUAAGGAUUCAGAUGGCGACGGCAUUGGCGAUCUGGACGGCAUCACCCAGAAUCUCGGUUAUCUCAAGGAUAUCGGAAUGGACGGUGUUUGGCUAUCGCCGAUAUUUGCUUCCCCGAUGAAAGACUUCGGAUACGAUAUUUCUAACUUCUACAAAAUACAACCGGAGUACGGCGAUUUGAAUUCGUUCCAGCGAUUGGUGAACAAAGCCAAGAAGCUUGGUUUGCGCUUGAUUCUUGAUUUUGUACCGAACCACACCAGUGAUAAGCACGAGUUCUUCAAUCUUUCGGUACAUCGUGUUGAACCGUACACAAACUACUACAUUUGGCAUCCGGGUCUAGAAGGACCGAACGGGACUCGUGUUCCGCCAUCGAAUUGGAUCAGCGAAUUUCGUGGCUCUGCCUGGGAAUGGAACGACAUCCGCAAAGAAUUCUAUCUGCAUCAGUUUUUGAAGCAACAACCGGAUCUGAAUUAUCGCAACCCAGCAUUAGUGGAGGAAAUGAAGAACGUUCUCCGCUUCUGGUUGGAUCGAGGAAUUGGUGGUUUCCGAAUCGAUGCCAUACCUUAUUUGUUCGAAAGUGCGGAAGUGAACGGUCGCUACCGCGAUGAACCCCUGAGCAGAGCUACCGAUGAUCCAGAAAAUCCUAAAUAUCUCAUCCACAGCGAAACUUUUGAUCAACCGGAAACCUACGACAUGAUCUAUCAAUGGCGUUCCUUGCUUGAUGAAUACAGUGCCCGAGAUAACAACACUCGUAUCAUGAUGACCGAAGCCUACACCAGUCUCCCUAAAAAUAUCGAACUGUUUGGAAACAAAACUGCCAACGGGUCUCACAUACCAUUCAACUUCCAGUUGAUUAGAAACUUGGAUCAGAACAGCUCGGCAGCAGACUUCGCUAAAUACGUAAACAUUUGGUGGAAAGCUCUUCCGGCUGGUCGUCGUUCGAAUUGGCUACUUGGGAAUCACGACAAUGGUCGAAUCGGAUCCCGACUCGGCAAAAACAAAAUCGAUUUGUAUAAUAUAGCAUUGCAAACCCUUCCGGAUAUUGCUGUCACCUACUAUGGUGAAGAGAUCGGUAUGCUGGACCAGUGGAUUUCUUGGGAACAGACUAUUGACCCAUCUGGUUGCCAAACAUCGUCGAAAACCUACACACUGUAUUCUCGCGAUCCAUUUCGAACUCCUAUGCAAUGGAACAGCAGGAAAAACGCCGGAUUCUCCCAAGCUGAUCGAACCUGGCUGCCAGCGGCCGACAACUACAAACGUCUUAACGUAUUCCAGCAAAGCCGUGCUAAGAAGAGUCAUUUGAAGAUUUUUAAGCAACUCACCAAGUUCCGCAAGGGUCCAAUUCUGUCGCAUGGUGAUUUCCAAAUGCACCUGAUCAACAAGCAGCUGGUGGCAUACAAACGAAACCUGGUCGGAGUUGGAUACGUAAUUACAGUGCUCAAUUUUGCUAGAUAUCCCCAGCAUUUGAACUUGACAAGCGCUUUUAAAGGACUUCCUCGACGUAUGAAGGUGGAAAUUUCUUCGUUGCACGUUCGAACUCCAGAUGGUUCUAUGAUCAGCCCCAAUAACUACAGGCUGACAGGAGAGAGUGGAAUUGUCCUUGUGCAUGAAUAUCCGAAGAAAAAACCUGUACGUCGCCAUAUUUAAGCUUUAAACCAAGGCUAGUGUUCCGGAAUCAAAAUGCCUACAUGUAAUUUAAAGCAAAAUAUAAACUAUAACCGCAUUAGAAUAAAAGCAAUUACGAAUGUUACGAUUUUUACUGGCAAUUUAAAGCGUUGAACAUUUAUAGUUAUUGCAA